GAAGACCCGCACUACUGCAACAACAACCAUUACCCCAGGUAUUAAUAUCAAGAACAUGUACUCGGGUACCUUGAGUUUUCCUCAGUGAUCCGAGAGCACACAGGUUUUCCCUGUCGUUACCUCAAUGGAUGUACAUGUAGAGUCUCAAUCAAUCUUAUGAUAGACACGUUGAUCUCAUGUGUGAGGGUAUUUUACCUGUGAUAAAUGUUAACGAAUUGUUUGAGAAAAUGUUGACUUAGGACACACUGAGGUGAAAAAAGGGGAUGGCUUACCCGGGCAGGAAAGUGUCAGGUAAAGAGACAUCUAUGGGAGCACGAGCAAGAGGGUAUUCCAAAUCCGUGUCGCUGCUCCUGAAAAAGUCCCAGGACGGAGCUUCCCCAUUUCCUUUCGCCACCAGUCCAUCAGGACCUGUCCCAACCACAACAGAUAGAUGUCGUCCAAAGUCUGUUAGUCGCACAAGAAGUGAUACUGGUAGCAUUAUAGUAACAGACACAGAUAAUUCAGGCUCACUGUCCUCUCCGAGAAGAAAAUUCUCAGAGGGAUCCACGGGAGCCCACACAGGAGGGUACUCUAAAUCGAUGUCGUCAGGUUUCGGACAGAGUUUAAAUGCACAAAGUGGAAACGUGACGUCACUUUCCCCGGGAUCUCGUCAACAGAUGGCGCUCAGCGUCCCCAGUGACGUAAGCAGUGAACGUCCCACAAGCGCAUCACUACUUGUCCCAGGUGCCGGUAGACCGUCUUCAUCAAGCGGACGCCUUAAUGGGAGGAUGUCAGCUUCGCCAGAGCCUUGGGAUAUUAACAUACGACAAACAAUGGCGAUACUUCACGGUGAUCUUUCUGAGUUGCCGCCUGUUCCUUCUUCUGUCAUCAGAGUAUUCUUGAGUUCAACAUUCAAAGAUAUGACUUUAGAGCGUAACACGCUGACCCGUGACGUGUUUCCGCAUUUAAAGCAGUACAGCAGCAAACUCGGUUUUGACUUCCAAGUGGCUGAUAUGCGCUGGGGCGUGGGCGACGAUGCAACCAAUGAGCACACGACUGAGAGAUUAUGUCAAGAGGAGAUUCUGAAGUGUCAGCGCAUCUCAGCAGGACCCAAUUUUGUAGCGUUAGUGGGAAACCGCUAUGGGUACCGCCCAUUUCCCGUAGAAAUACCCAUCAAGGAGUUUGACGUCAUAAUGUCCAUGGCAGAAGAGCGCGACAUUCUGGAGCGCCAUCUAUUGACUGAAUGGUUUCUGGCCGAUUACAACGCGCUGCCUCCAGUGUACGUGCUACAACCGAUAAAUUCGAAGAUUCCUCACUUCGGCAACACCGAUCCAGAGCAGGAAAAGUUGGCCAAGGAGGCUCAUGCAAAAUGGGUCAAAAUAUUCACCACAUUGCAGCAUAUAUUGAGACACGCGGUGGACCACGCCGUCAAGAAGAAACUGAUCAGCGAAGAAAGGCGGAACAACUAUUUCGUAUCAGUUACUGCAGGAGAAAUUGAAAGAGGAAUAUUUAAAGCCAAAGAAGUAAAUAGACGUUCUCUGUGCUACGCAAGAGAGAUACCCAACAUUGACAAAUUUCAGUUUGGUGCCCAAGAUCCUUCCACCAGAAUCUACGUGGACACUCGCAGACACGGAGAUAAAGUCGUCGUCGAUCACGAGGCAGUUUCACUUCUACAGGAUCUAAAAAGAAAACUUCGCAAGAAGUUGAAAAUUAAAUAUUCAUCUCAAACUGUUGUGUGGUUUCCAAGGGGAAUUGAUCCUAACACCCAACUCAAUCACGCUGAGUACAUUGAUAAACUGACAAAGCAGAUCACUGCUGAUAUGGAAGGAUUGAUAAAUGUGGCCCAUCAAGAAAAGACGAACAACGAGAAGACCGCGUACUGGAAAUUACGCUCUGAGGUUUUGUAUCAUCAUCACAUUUAUAUGGCGCAUACGGGCACGUUCUGCGGCCGGGAGCGAGUUCUAGAGAAGAUACGAGACCUGAUACUGUCACCUCAGUUCAGACGACCCAUUGUUCUCCAUGGAGAAUCUGGCUAUGGCAAGACGGCAGUGAUGACUCAACUUGUCCAAACGAUCCCGGAAUGGCUGUCAGCCCCGGUUUGUCUCAAGGUGAUACGAUUCGUCGGGGCCUCCCUGGGGACGUCAACUGUCUAUGGCCUUUUGUCUAGUGUCUAUUAUCAAAUAGACGCUGCGUUUAAGAUGUUGCAUUCCCCUGAAUUCUUUGCAAAUACAAAACGUCUCAUACGUAAUGGUCCUCUGUUUCUUCGGAACUGUGCACGGAAACACAACCAGCCGAUUGUUGUAAUACUCGACGCAUUGAAUCAACUCCACCCGGCGGAGAACGCAUAUGAAAUGCAGUGGUUACCAGGCGUAAUGACGGAGCUUCCACUAAACGUGCACUUGAUAGUGUCUUCAAACUACAAACACGACAUUGUCAAAACUCUUCAGAAGCUUCGAGGGGACGACAAGGGGUUUAUCCAGCUAGGAUGGAUAUCACAGGCCACUGCAGAUGACAUUUUAGAGGCCAACCUUAAACAUUACAAAAGGACGCUUACAGAACAACAAAAAGGGUGUGUUUUGGAACAUUUUGCGCAGGGGGAAACCCGAACACCACUUUUCUUGAAGCUGUUAAUAGAAGAAGCACUGAUGUGGCGAUCCUACACAGAAUUGUGUACAAUCCAGUCCUCUAUGUCUACCACGGUCCAAGCGUCCAUCAAUCGGCAAUUUGAUCAGUUGGAAGCAAAAUUUAAGAAGAUAAUUGUGCAGAACAUUCUGGGGUACAUAACCAUUGGACUGAAUGGCGUCACGGAGAACGAGCUUGAGGACGUCCUGUCAUGCGACAACGAGGUUUUAAAAGAAGCCUAUGUUUACCACAAGCCUCCUGCAUCCGACUUUAUUCGUAUGCCGCCGCUCAUUUGGGCAAGGCUACGCCAUGAAAUGCGUGAUUUUCUUGAGGAGAGACAGUCACAUGGACUUGUGACGAUAGACUGGUGCCAUCAGCAGUUCAGAGAUGCAGCUUACAGGAGAUAUGUCGGUGAAAGUGACAUGAGACGUCUGCACAAGAACAUGGCGGAGAUCGUCUCUACUGAACAGCCUAUUGUGAAAUCUUUACGAAUACGUCUUAGAAACGAAAGGAAGGUCAUUGUUUUACCCGAUGUCGACAGAAAGGUCACUUUGCAGCCCCUCUCAAGGACGAACUUUAGGAAGUUAGAUUGCUGGCCGCACCAUUUGCUUAAUGCAGGUGACAUUGACGGUCUCAAACGCCAUUGCUGGUUCAAUCUUGAGUUUUUAAUGAUGGCCCUUGACGUACUAGGGAUUGCGUCUGUCAUUGAUGCCUUACAGGCGGCCGUAGAUCAAACUUCAGAUGAAGAGCUUCAGAAUGCAUUUGACGCUGUUAACUGUGCCAGCGAGAGGAUAGGAAAUGUGUCCCUUUUCCCUUUUUACCUCCUUGCGGCGUUUACCGGAGGAAAGCCAAAUAGUGAGGGGAAGCCAUCUUUGGAAUCACAGUUUAUACAGCAACUGCGAAAUUGGAUAAAAGAAUCAAAAACACUGAUGCUUGAGCCAUUACAUCCCUUCUUAUUCCUUCAUGAAAUGCGCGAAGUCAACCAACAGCUAAAUGCCAUAUCAGAAAUUAAAAGAACGAAAUCAGAAGCUUCACUAAAUCAGUCCUCCUCGUUGUGUAUUCGGGAUCUUCAGGCGUUUGAUGUGACAAGUAAUGGCAGUUUGUUAGCCUUGGGUUACAUCUCCUCUCCCCUUCAAGUUGUAGACCUGACAACGGGUGUCAAAGUUGACGACAUGCCACGGCGUCAUGUUGUAGAUGGGGUCCAUUUUGUGUGCAAUGACUCACAUCUGUUUGUCUUUCAGAGGAACGUGUGUGUUUAUUUGCUGUCUUUAGAGGGUGACUCUAUGCAAGACAACCCAGUCUAUGACUUUGACUUUGACAACGGAGAGUUGCCAGAGACGUAUUGUUUAGUUAAAAGCUCAACCGAGGCUGUCUUCUGUACUGUUAAUAACGGGAUCUGUAAACAAUUAAAAUCUUGGAAUAUGGCGACAAAACAAAAAGAGUGGGAGAUUGAUAUUCAAGAAGAAAGGAUGCCGUCCCCAUUUUCCAUAUAUUCAAACGGCACCCAAGUCAUUUUUCAAAUCCAAUCGGACUUAGAUCUUGUACAAGAUGUGGACGAGAGCCUGGUGGAAUUCGAAGACUUGAGCACAUCUGGAUACGAGUCAGUCAUGGAGGCUACCGAUUAUGAAGAAGAGACAUGCCAUCCAUCGCCAUCGUCACAUACAGAAUAUACAUACUAUAUGUUCGAUCGAAAAGAUCCAGAUGAGGUCGUGCACACCUGUGAGGUCGGCAAGGAGGUGGUGCAAGGGCACAGUGGUGAGUUACUCAACAAGUUCCAGGCUCUCGUACCUACUUCAAAGGGAAUCUGUUUGAUUGAUCCCAUAGAGAAGACUUCAAAGUACGUCAAGAGCAUCAUGGCAAAAGACAAAGGGAUGUUAGCAGAAAGUGACACCCAGCUGUCUGACAUAACCAAACCAUCGUGUAUUUCCAAAGUCAGUGAGAAGGGAUGUUUUGCUUUUGGGUAUAAAUCAGGACACAUUUUGAUCCAUACUGUAAACGACACACCAUCAUUGAUAGUGGAGAAGCUGUGUAAACCGACAAAGGCCCAGGUGAAGCUGUUGGCCUUGUCAAAGAACGGAGAUCUUGUAGCGUGUUGGAGUCACGAUCACACACUGUCGCUCUGGACCUGCCAGUCCUCCAUCAACAAAGAGAGCAGCGUGACUCUUCCCCUCACAGACCUGGAAAUAACACACUUACGGUUCUCUGAUGAUGGUCAGCUGUUAUUUGUUGUCGGAGCUUUCGAGUCUCAGACCGAUUUCACCAAUCAGUUGUUAGUUUUUCGCGUACAUGCACAAGUAGCUGAUUGAUUAUUGCCCAAAGGAGGUGACCGUGGAUUUUUUUUAUAUGAUCCCAGGAAUGUUUUCCAGGUGCUUAUAAUAAUGAUAAUGUGGAAUUUUCAUUUGUACAACUGAUUAGAAUACCAGGACUGUAAGGGGGUGAAAAUGGAAUCCUUUCCUUUCUCACAUUCAAAGGGGGCUUAGUUAUGCCUCAGUAAACGUCUAGCCAAAUAUAAUGGGUGGUACGAAUAACCUCCCUGCAUGAACUGUAGGCCAUCGACAGCUGCCCUCCCCCUCUCUUCAAGAUGUCUUCUCUGCUUACAACGCUUAAUAAAUACGCGUAAAUGCGUUGAAAUCUGGAUAAUACUUGACUGAUUACAGAACAUGUACAUACAUUUUGAUAAUAUUAGAGAGAAAACAACGAAUCAAUUCAUACAUCUUAAAGUAAUUGAAUAUUUUUCUUCAAUUUUAUUGUUUAAUGUAAAGCAAUAUUUUAAUAAAAUUAAAAAA